AGUUCGCUACUGGGUUGUCUUCCUCGCAAAACCCGACCCGGGAAAAGCACCACCCAAACCACCUUACUGCAAUUCGCCGGAAUCGGCAAUCGGAAUUCCUCCCAUCUCUUGCUAAUUGGGUAGCCAAAAAUGGUGGGUGGCUUGUUCGGCGAUCUCCCACCGCCGUCUUCCUCUACCGAGCAAGAUGAGAAGUCGGCCGCCGGUAGCGUUUGGUCCAGCAGCACCGCGAAGAUGGCCCCGUCCGCCCUCCGCAAACCCUUCGCCGCGCCCCAUACUGCUCUCCGACCUCAAACCCUACUCAAGCCCAAACCCCCCAAACCCGACCCCAAUCAGACAAAUGAGAAUACUAACCCUAAUCCUAAUUCCCAUCCGCCGGCAUCGUUCCAGCCGGCGUUGGUGGCCAUUACCAGCACCGUCCUUGACGAGUACGAUCCGGCCCGGCCUAAUGACUAUGAGGAGUACAGGAGGGAGAAGAAAAGGAAGCUGAUGGAGGCGGAGCUGAGGGAAAGGGAGAGGAGGGAGAUGGAGAGGGAGAAGGAAAAAGAGAAAGAGAGGGAGCGGGAGCGAGAGAGGGAAUUGAACCUCUCCGGCGAGGAGGCAUGGCGGCGAAGAGCUGCUAUGAGCGCCGGAGGUGGUGCUGCGCCAAGGUCACCAUCACCUCCUCCCGGAAAUGGAGAGUUCAAUAUUGGGGGAAGGUCUGACACUGCUGGAUUAGGGUUGGGAAUGGGAGCAGAAGGAAAGAUGACUAUGACGGCUGCACAGAGGAUGAUGGCAAAGAUGGGUUGGAAAGAAGGGCAGGGACUCGGCAAGCAAGAACAGGGCAUUACUACUCCCUUGAUGGCCAAGAAGACCGAUAAGAGAGGCGGGGUGAUUAUAGCUAGUGAGGAGGUUAAACAACCAGAAAAGAAGGUUAAGAGUGUCGUUUUCAAUAUGCCACCAACCCGAGUUGUACUGCUGAGGAACAUGGUGGGACCCGGUGAGGUGGACGACGAUCUAGAAGGAGAGGUGGCAGAAGAGUGUACGAAAUUCGGCACAGUGACACGCGUGCUUAUAUUUGAGAUAACCGAACCAAACUUCCCUCACGACGAAGCGGUCCGAAUAUUCAUCCAGUUUGAGCGAGCAGAGGAAGCAACGAAAGCUCUUAUUGAACUCGAUGGGCGUUUCUUUGGAGGUAGAAUUGUUCGUGCCGGCUUCUAUGAUGAAGAUCGGUUUGGCAAAAAUGAGUUGGCUCCUUUGCCUGGAGAAAUCCCUGGGUUUUGACAAAUCUCUACCAUAUAUGAUUCACCAGGUUUGCAAGCUUUUGAUGAAAUUCCAAUUUUUCUUUUUUGGCCAGUUCUUUGGUGUGGGGUUAUUGUACCAAAUGCUUGGCAACAAUGUGGCAUGAGCAAAAUUUUCUAAUUUCUUACCAAGUGUUUCAGUAAAAAAUGUACUCAAUAGGUUUUUAAAUUUAUAACUGUUUCAUUCGGAUAAACUGUGGAGAAUCUUUAGUAUGGUAGCCCUUAGCAACCAGAUGAUUCUUGUAAGGAGAGAUAGAUCCAUUUGUAUGGUGUUUGAUAUGGUAAACUCAUUUGCACCCAAUGGGUAUCGGGU